AGAAAUCGUUGUUUCAGCAUCAACAGCAACCAAAGAAAUAGAAUUGCAAUGGAUUGUCAUUCAAGCGGAGACCCAAAGACCGGAGCAGCAUCUGUCAGGUGCGGAGUGAUGACUGGAGAUGAGCAGGCAAAUGCACGGGCCGGAGUCUUUGCAACGACCAACAGCAGUGCAGGACCCGUCACAAAAGGCGUGUAUGGAGCAGUAAAUGCCGAUGGCCAUAGUCUCUCCUUGCAACAUGGACACACGCAAGGAUUUGGUAGCAGCACAACUGUCGCAGCACAGGCCAAUCUAUUCCAGAACCAACAAGCAGCCUUGAAUGCCACCGCUCACCACACUCACACACGCACCCACGAUCAAUUUGGAGGUGGACUCAAUUUGCAGACCGCUGGUGGCCAUUCAGCUGCACUGGGAGUCAAUCAUAUACCACAGUUCAAUAUGACGACCAUGCAGGCCAGUGGGCGAGCCAACCUAUUGACAUCUCCCAGUGGCAAUCUCAAUUUGGAUGCCACAGCAAAUGCUGCACGCCACAUGAGCGGUCCAUUUAGAGGCAAAUCCGAUUUUGGCGGUGGACUCAACUUGAAUUAUAAAUUUUAACAAGAUGUAAUGAAAUUAUAUAAAAAUAAUUACAUGUAUUAACCAAAUUAA